AUGGGAAUCCUUCCAUCAAAAAUCGAUAGAUCUAGUGUAACAUUCCAAAGCGAAUUGGCAUUUGAAGGAAGCUUAGACGUCCAAUUCCCUUCAAUCCUCGACAAUGCAGAGCGGUCUUUUAGUUUUGACGAGAAAGAUUGAGUCCAUUGCAAGUUCAAACUUCAAGGCUCAACCCUCGAAUGCAGCGCGUCAGGUGAGAUGAUUGAAACUGUUCUCCUCGAUAAAAACUUCGAAGUCUUAAAUGAACAAGGUAACUCGUUAAUUUUCACAGUAAAAUUUGUAUGCCCGCACAAUUGAAUGGAUUUUUUUUAAAAAUUGAAAAAAAAAAUUUGUUAUUUAUUCAGAAGGGAAUAACAAAAGAUAACACAUCACAGCAGUGAAAACUGAGGGCCAGCUCAGCGGAUGAGUUCUUGAAAUGAACCUCUUUUGUCAAGCAAUCACUGCGGGCGGAGUGGUCUUUGAAAGACUCUUGCGAAUGCUGCAAAUCCAAAUUUGGUGUUUUCACACGUCGACAUCAUUGCCGAGCUUGUGGCCGGUCAGUUUGCUCUGAUUGCUCACCGAUUAUGACCACGCUUCCACAUCUUGGAUAUUCUGCGCUCGUCAGAGUCUGCAAGACCUGUGGAGACAUGCUUGCGCAUAAGCGUAAAGGUCCACAAGAAGGCAAUUCACCGAAUUAUACACAGAGUAAGAGAGGGAACUCACCAACUAAGCAAAAUAAGGCUAAAACUAAUUAUAAAUAA